GACUCCUGAAGGGGCAUAAAACGUGCACAGAGUGAGCGGGCACCUUUACGCUGAAAACAUGGCCCUCCUCUGGAUCCUCUCCUGCCUCGCUUUCGUGAGCACAGCCUAUGCAGGCUGUGGCAAUCCUGCCCUCAAGCCCGUCAUCACUGGCUACUCCAGGAUUGUCAAUGGUGAGGAGGCCGUGCCCCACUCUUGGCCCUGGCAGGUGUCCCUGCAGGACUACACUGGCUUCCACUUCUGUGGUGGCUCCCUGAUCAACCAGUACUGGGUUGUGACUGCUGCCCAUUGCAAUGUGAGGACUUCCCAUCGUGUCAUCCUGGGUGAGCACGAUCGCUCCUCCAACGCUGAGCAGAUCCAGGUCAUGCAGGUCGGCAAGGUCAUCAUGCACCCCAACUACAACCAGUACACCAUCAACAACGACAUCAUGCUGAUCAAGCUGGCCUCCCCUGCCCAGAUCAACGCCCGCGUGUCCCCCGUGUGUCUUGCUGGGUCUAGUGACAGCUUCCCCGGGGGCAUGCAGUGCAUGACCACUGGCUGGGGCCUGACCAGGCACGACGCCGGUAACACCCCCGCCAGGCUGCAGCAGGCCCGUCUGCCCCUGCUCACCAACCAGCAGUGCCAGCAGUGGUGGGGCAACAGGAUCACCGACAUCAUGGUCUGCGCUGGAGCCUCCGGCGCCUCCUCCUGCAUGGGUGACUCUGGUGGCCCCCUGGUGUGCCAGAAGAGUGGUAGCUGGUGUCUGGUUGGUAUCGUGUCCUGGGGCAGCGGAACCUGCAGCACCAACAUUCCCGGCGUGUACGCCCGCGUCACCGCCCUCCGCUCCUGGAUCGACCAGACCGUCGCCUACAACUAAAGUGCAUGGACAUGGUUGUUUUUGGUUUUGGUUUUACCACACUUUUGAAAUAGAACACCACUUUCAAAAGACA